CCUCUCUUCUUCUACACAUAAAAAAAUCUUAAAGUCACCGCCCGCCGCCUCAUCGGAGCGGAAAAUUCUACUAGCAGCAGCAGCAGCCGCGCGAGACCCAGAUCUCGCUCUUCGAUUUCACUCAACCUUCACCCGAUCUAUUCUUUUCUUUCUUUAAGGAUGGUGUCGGACGCGAGUAAGAAGAAGGCGGCUCAGAAGAAGGCAGCUGCUGUCGCAAAGAGAGGAGGAAAGGCCGCAGCUUCAUCGGCUGCGCCUUCUUCCAACGGUGUUUCCGCCGAUAGUCUGGCUAAAUCGGUUGAAUCGAUUGUGUUGUCUGAUCGGACCUGUACUGGGAUCCUCUGUUCUCAUCCUCUUUCAAGGGAUAUCAGGAUAGAGUCAUUGUCACUUACUUUUCAUGGUCACGAUCUUAUUGUUGACUCCAUGCUUGAGCUCAAUUAUGGAAGACGUUAUGGCCUGCUUGGAUUGAACGGUUGUGGGAAGUCAACACUUCUUACUUCAAUAGGGUGCCGAGAGCUUCCCAUCCCUGAAACCAUGGACAUAUAUCAUCUCAGUAGGGAAAUCGAAGCUUCUGACAUGUCUUCACUUGAAGCAGUCAUUACUUGUGAUGAGGAGAAGAAUAAGUUGGAGAAGGAAGCAGAAAUGUUGUCACAACAGGAUGACGGUGGUGGUGAAGCUCUGGAACGUAUAUAUGAACGUUUGGAAGCCCUUGAUGCUUCAACUGCAGAGAAGCGUGCUGCUGAAAUUCUGCAUGGUCUUGGUUUUGACAAGAAGAUGCAAGCGAAGAAAACUCGCGACUUCUCUGGUGGUUGGAGAAUGAGAAUUGCUCUCGCUCGUGCCUUGUUUAUGAAUCCGACUAUCUUGCUUCUUGAUGAACCUACUAAUCAUCUUGAUCUUGAAGCUUGUGUCUGGCUGGAAGAAAGUUUGAAAAAAUUUGACCGAAUUUUGGUAGUGGUUUCACAUUCCCAAGAUUUCCUUAACGGUGUUUGCACCAACAUCAUUCACAUGCAGAACAAGAUCCUGAAGAUCUAUACAGGAAACUACGACCAGUACACUCAGACACGUUCAGAUCUAGAGGAAAACCAAAUGAAACAGUACAAAUGGGAACAGGAACAGAUAGCGAACAUGAAAGAAUACAUUGCCAGAUUCGGUCACGGUUCAGCCAAACUAGCUCGUCAGGCACAGAGCAAGGAGAAAACCCUAGCCAAGAUGGAACGAGGCGGUUUGACUCAAAAGGUUUCUCGAGACCAGGUUCUUGUUUUCAGAUUCACCGAUGUGGGAAAGCUCCCCCCACCUGUGCUGCAGUUUGUGGAGGUCACGUUUGGUUAUACGCCCGACAACUUAAUCUACAAGAACAUCGAUUUUGGAGUUGAUCUUGAUUCUCGGAUAGCCCUGGUGGGACCGAAUGGUGCUGGGAAGAGUACUCUGUUGAAGCUGAUGACUGGUGAACUUCAUCCAAGUGAUGGCAUGGUUCGUCGACAUAACCACCUCAGGAUAGCUCAGUAUCAUCAGCACUUGGCAGAGAAGCUCGAUAUGGACAUGCCUGCUCUUCAGUUCAUGAUGAAAGAGUAUCCAGGGAAUGAAGAAGAGAAGAUGAGGGCUUCGAUUGGGAGGUUUGGAUUGACGGGUAAGGCUCAGGUCAUGCCGAUGAAGAAUCUGUCGGAUGGUCAGAGGAGUAGAGUGAUUUUCGCUUGGUUAGCUUUUAGACAGCCUCAGAUGCUGUUACUGGACGAGCCUACUAACCAUCUUGAUAUUGAAACGAUCGAUUCGCUGGCAGAGGCUUUGAAAGAGUGGGAUGGUGGAAUGGUUCUAGUUAGUCAUGACUUUAGGCUGAUCAACCAGGUGGCCAAUGAGAUAUGGGUUUGUGAGAAUCAGGCUGUUACUAGAUGGGAUGGUGAUAUUAUGGACUUCAAGCAACACUUGAGGAACAAGUCUGGAUUAUAUGAUUAAAUUUGCGAGCUUAUCUCUAGCCUUAUGCUCUCUUGAGUCGUAGCGACCCCAAAAUCUGGAUAUCCUAUUUGCUCGAGGUGGGUUGUGGUGACAAAUGCACUUCAAACUGUGAGUUGGAGGUGUGCGGUUUUGUUGGUUACCCCUACUAUUUAGACUGAAUACUCUUUUCUAUUUAUUAAUGUUUUGACUUAUGAGAAGGCGGCCUAUUUGCCCAUAAGAACCUUGUAUUCUAUUCUUGACUACUUUUAUUUUUGUUUUGAUUUGGUAAUACUGUGAGAGGCUAUGCUAUUAUAUUAAGAUAUUAUUAUGCUCUAAUCAAAUAUUGUUUUGUUGA